AUGGACCGCUUCCUUGAGGCUGCUUGUCGCGUGAAGCCAUUAUCUCGUUGCGAGCAAGGAUCUAGUUCAUUAAAGAAGUGUUUAACACUAUUAGAUCUUGUAGCUUAUGGUGUAGGAUGUUCAGUAGGUGCUGGUGUCUAUUCGCUCGUGGGUGUAGGUGCACAGAUUGCAGGGCCAAGCAUUUCGUUGGCGUUCCUAAUUAGCGGCAUUGCUUGUAUCUUUACAUCGCUCACAUAUUCUGAGUUUGCAGCUCGUGUACCUGUCACGGGCUCUGCGUACACAUUUGUGUAUAUCACGUUUGGUGAAUUAUCGGCGUGGCUUAUUGGCUGGAAUUUGACAUUGGGAUACGGUAUCUCUGCAGCUGGAAUUGCACGGAGUUGGGCAUCGUAUGCACACUUGUUUUUGCAACAUUUGGGUCUUCAUAUCCCAAUGUGGCUCGUACGUGCCGAGAUUUUUGGCAUUUCGUGUAGUAUCCUAGCAGCAUUUCUUGUGAUUUGCUGUACUUUCAUCUUACUUGCUGGCGUUCACGAAUCUGCCAAGUUUAAUGCAUUUGUGACACUGUUGAACAUUUCGGUACUACUUUUUGUCGUGGUGUAUGGAAGCACAGAAGUAGAUACGACAUACUGGGAACCGUUUAUGCCCGCCGGCUUUCACGGUGUCAUGACGGGUGCUGGCGUGGUCUUUUUUGCGUACUUGGGGUUUGACAUGGUGGCUUGUCUAGCCGAAGAGGUACAUGAUCCGCAACGCACUCUACCCAAGGGAAUCAUUGGCUCACUGUUGAUCUCCAUGACUAUUUACGUUGGAGUGUCGCUCGUUGUGACUGGAAUGGCACCUGUAAAUAUCCUGGGGGACGAAGUUCCGCUUGUGAAUGCCUUCAUGUUUCAUGACGUACCCUGGGCCGGCCGUAUAGUAUCGUUUGGUUCGAUUUUCGGACUAACUACGGCUGCAUUUACCUGUCUUAUGGGUCAACCUCGCAUUUUCUACCAGAUGGCAAAGGAUGGUUUGCUGCCGUCACGCUUUGCCUCGCUUCACCGCAGGACGCACGUACCUGUUGCCAGUACAAUCUUAACUGGUACCAUUGUUGCGAUCAUCGCGUUUGUCUUCGAGCUUGAUUUCCUAGCCAACGUGAUUUCGUGCGGAACACUACAAGUCUUUACUUUUGUGAAUGCUGGUGUCCUACUUCUGCGUAUGCGCCCGACUUUCAGCGGUGGUGGCGUUGUUCGUCGUGUUCUCAUAUACGUGAUAUCAUGUUUCGCUUUGUCGCUAUCUUUCGUGUUCGACCUUCCCUGGACGAUUCAAGGCGCGCUCGCUUUGCUGGUGAUCGCUUCAUUCGUGUUCAUUCAUCGAUUGGGAAAAUUCAGUGACCUUCCGACAUCAUUUCAGUGCCCAUUAGUUCCACUGAUACCAUGCAUCGGGAUUCUGGCUAAUGUAUACAUGAUGGCGAGUAUCCCCAUCGAGGGCUGGAUCGGUGUGCUCAUCUGGUUGAGUGUCGGGCUGACUUUGUACUUGUGCUACGGAAUUCGCCACAGCGUGCUAGCGGAUUCAGACCUUUUACGCCCGCUAAUUUGA